UUGCUCAACCGCUUAUCCUCAAACGAAAAUGCUCCACAAAUUGAGUUUCAGCUUGUGGCAUGGACCAAGUUCUUCUUGGAGCCUUGUAUUCAAACUGAAAAUGACGUGAUUACACAAUCUGACUGGUCAAGAAUUUUGCACAAAAUGGUAGCGGCAACUGGUCACUUUGACGCGCCUAUUGUUGAAGCGGUUAUGGCGAAAGUGCCGAAUUUAUCCGAAAAACGCCGUCGCCAAGUUCGAAGAAUUAUGGAUAUUACACUAUCAGAAUCGUUAUGUGCCGUUGACGACUCGAUGAGCGUUCGAACUUUGGAGGAUUUGCAACGGUUGAUCAGAAAAGACCGGGAGAAUGUGUCCAGCUCUGGCACAACUUCAACUAACAGAUUUACAUUGUGUGAUGGCGAAGAGUGGAAUUCGGUACCAUUGGGCUUACUCCCCGGUGCAUCUGUGGACACUUUAUCGCUGAUACUCGAUGAUGAUUGGUUCUCAGCACAAAAGCGCCACACAAGUGAAAAUCUUGAUCUCAGUGUGAUUGAAGAGGAGCAUUGA